CGCCUUCUUCGAAGCCGUCCACCCCCGUCGUCUUCCCGAGAAGAAAGCGCUCUGCCAAUAUGCGUGUCGCUCAAUUCGCUUUGUUCGCUGCCACCUUGGCCUGCAGUCUCCCCUUCGCUCUUACAGCUCCUCUCACGUCCCCUCCCCGAUCCUUCUUCACCAGAAGCUGCAACGCCACAUGCGGGCUUGACCUCUCUCAUCAACUCGUGGAUCAACCUACGGCUCUGGACCGCUUUAAGCUCUUGAACACGUCAAGCAAUAACUUUGUCUUCAAUUUCUUUGACAACGCGAAUGUGCCCGAGGGACCGGACGGUAAGGUAGUCCUUGCUACAGCCGGCAACUUCCCGAGUGCGAUUGGAAACGGUGUGGCUAUGGGCGUCGGCUUCAUGGGACCGUGCGGCCUGAACGUUCCUCAUCUCCAUCCAAGGGCCGGUGAGCUCCUCUACGUCUCUAAGGGCGACUUGGUGUUCGGCACCAUCCAAGAGAACGGUGCUAGCUUUGUGACCGGUGUGCUGAAGACCGGAGAAGCGACAAUUUUCCCUCAGGGUUCCAUUCAUUUCCAGCAGAAUCUUGACUGUAACCCCGCCCAAUUCAUCGCUGCCUUUGGCUCUGAAGAUCCCGGGCGUCUCGACAUCGCUCCUGCGUUCUUCCAAGACCUCCCUGCAACGAUUGUAAACGCGACGCUCGGGGGCAUCGGGGUCAAAGAGGUAGAGGAUAUCGCUGCUAAGAUUCCUCUCAACGUCGCCUUUGGGACGCAGGCAUGCCUAGAUCGCUGCGGUAUCAGCCGGCCUGGCCAGUGGACUGCCGCAGCCAUUGAAGAGGCUAAGCGGCAAUUCAACCAGUUCAUGAGCCAGGGCCCAUACGCCCCCGUUGAUUUCACGGGCUUACCUUCGCCUUGAAACCCUAGCACGUCCGCUGGAUGUCAGAUGCAGGACUAUUUGGUUUGUAUUAUAUGAACUAGCAUAACUGCCGCGCCCUGCACUGUCAUAGUAUUUAUGCAUACUCCGAGUCGUUCCAAUCGUAAUGUUUCCGCCUCGUAGUGUAUACGGCUACAACGAGUGCAUAUCACGGCUUAUUCUGCAUGGAAUACACAAAUUUUAUACC